AUGCAGCCUCUGGAAGGUGUGCAGGCCGAUCUGGGCAAGGCCCAGGUCAUCGACCGCGUCCCCAAAGUGAUCAAGGAGCUCAAGUUCGGUGUGCUGUCCAACGACGACAUUGUCAGUCAAGGUGUGGUGGAAGUGUCCGACCGAAAGUUCUAUAACCUCGAGAAUGACCGAGCUGUCGUUGCCCAUGGCCCUCUCGAUGGGCGCAUGGGUAUCUCGAACAAGUCCUCAACCUGCCAAACAUGCGGCGGUGCGCUCCAGGUGUGCAACGGCCACUUUGGCCAUGUGAGGCUUGUGCUGCCUUCGUUUCAUGUCGGUUAUUUCAAGCGCGUUAUCAGUAUUCUGCAGGAAAUUUGCAAGGAGUGUUCACAUAUUCUGCUUCCUGAGGGAGAGCGUCGCGCCUUUCUUCGUGAGAUGCGCCGCCCGAGACUGGAUAAUCUGCGUCGGCUGCAGAUCGCUAAACGGAUCAAUGACCGCUGCCGCAAGACUCGAAUGUGCGACCACUGUGGCGCUGUGAACGGUGUAGUCAAGAAGACCGGAAACAGUUCCCUCAAGAUCACCCACGACAAGUUCCGCGCCUUCAACUCUUCAACGUCGAUGAAGAAAGUACCGCCACCAAGCAAAAUCGUUUUCGACAGAUCGCUCGAAGAGGCCAGGAGUUCGAAUGCGGAGGUUGAAAAGCAUUACAAAAAGGCACAGGACGAUUUGAAUGCUCUCCGAGUCCUGAACUUAUUCAAGCGCAUCUCAGACAGCGAUUGCGAGCUGCUCGGUCUGGACCCUAAGGAAGCAAGACCGGAGAUGUUCCUUUGGCAGUUCAUUCCCGCUCCGCCAGUCUGUAUCCGUCCGUCCGUUGGUCAAGAUGCUUCAUCUACUGAAGAUGAUUUAACCGCUAAGCUGGGUGACAUCGUGCAGAGUAACAUCAACCUCAAGAACGCUCUGCUAAAAGGAGCACCGGUACAGACAAUUAUGGAAUGUUGGGACUACAUGCAGCUUCAGAUUGCUGUUUACAUCAACAGCGACGUUCCCGGUCUAAACAAGGCCGACCUUGGAAAGCCCAUUCGAGGUUUCGUGCAGCGUUUAAAGGGUAAGCAAGGUCGAUUCCGUGGUAACCUUUCUGGAAAACGUGUCGAUUUUUCUGGCCGUACCGUCAUUUCGCCCGAUCCCAAUUUACGAGUCGAUGAAGUCGCCGUCCCGGAACUCGUUGCCAAAAACAUGACUUAUCCUGAGGUAGUCACGAGAUACAACAAGGAAAAAUUAAAGGAACGAGUGCGAAACGGACAAAAGAAGUGGCCGGGCGCAAACUAUAUCAUCAAGAAGGACAACCCUCUCAAAACCAUGCUCAAGUAUGGUAACCUCAAGUUCAUCGCCGACCAGCUGCAGGAAGGAGAUAUCGUUGAACGCCAUAUUGAAGAUGGUGAUAUUGUCCUGUUCAAUCGCCAGCCUUCUCUUCAUAAACUCAGUAUUCUUUCCCACUUUGCCAAGGUCCGCCCUCACCGAACAUUCCGGCUGAACGAAUGUGUUUGCAAUCCAUACAACGCCGAUUUCGAUGGUGACGAAAUGAAUCUUCACGUCCCUCAGACGGAAGAGGCCAGGGCCGAAGCUAUGGAAUUGAUGGGUGUGAAGAACAACUUGGCGACGCCAAAGAACGGAGAGCCCAUUAUUGCCGCCAUUCAGGAUUUCAUCAGUGCAGCAUACAUCCUUAGCAGCAAGGAUAAUUUUUUCGACCGUCGUUCUUUCACCCAAAUAUGUCUAUAUAUGCUUGGUCCUGAAACCCGUUUCGAUCUUCCGCCACCUGCAGUGCUCAAGCCGCAAAUGCUGUGGACCGGAAAGCAGGUCUUCAAUAUCCUGAUGCGCCCGAAUAAGGAUGACCCCGUCCUAGUUAACUUAGAUGCAGCGUGCAGAGAGUUCAAGCAGGCUAAAGACCGGCCGAAAGACCUCGACCCUAACGAUGGCUGGCUGGUGGUUCGCAACUCAGAAGUCAUGUGCGGUGUGAUGGACAAGUCUACCGUUGGAUCAGGAAAGAAGGACAACGUGUUUUAUAUUAUGCUUCGUGAUUUCGGUCCUGCGGCUGCAGCCGAGGGCAUGAACCGUCUGUCUAGGCUAUCCGCCCGCUGGUUCACGAAUAUUGGUUUCUCCAUUGGUAUCACGGAUGUUUACCCCAGCGAUAGUCUGAUUGCCUCGAAGAAUCACCUAGUCGAAACGGCUUACGCACAGUGUGACGAAGUUAUCGCGCAGUACAAGGCCGGAACGCUCGAAAAGUACCCUGGUUGUGACGAAUUGCAGACCAUGGAAAACCAACUGUCUGGUAUUCUCAGUAAGGUCCGUCAGCAGGCUGGUGACGAAUGUAUCGCCCAAUUGAGCAAAUACAACUCGCCCCUGAUCAUGGCUACAUCCGGAUCAAAAGGUUCCAGUAUCAACGUCUCUCAGAUGGUUGCUCUGGUGGGUCAACAAAUUAUCGGUGGUCAGCGUGUGCAAGAUGGUUUCCAGGACCGAACUCUUCCUCACUUUCCCAAGAACGCUCGACAGCCUCCUUCAAAAGGUUUCGUGCGGAACAGUUUCUUCUCUGGUCUUACCCCAUAUGAAUUCAUUUUCCACGCCAUGUCCGGUCGUGAAGGUCUUGUCGAUACAGCCGUCAAGACUGCCGAAACUGGUUACAUGUCUCGUCGUUUGAUGAAGUCGCUGGAAGAUUUGUCUACUGGGUACGACGACACUGUCCGAAACUCUUCCCAGGGUAUUGUGCAGUUCCAGUACGGUGACGACAAGCUGGAUCCUGUGGAUAUGGAGGGCAAAGCAAAGCCGGUGCACUUCGACCGGACUUUCAUCCACGCCGAGUCGACGACGUACGAGAAUGACGAGCGCAGUUUGUCUCCUGCUGAGAUUAUGGACGUCUGCGAGGAGAUGCUUUCGAAGGAGCGUGCCAAGCUGGUGCGCAAAGAUCUAAUGGGCACGGAGCUCGCCUACAUGGAUCGUACCGACCACGGUAUUGACCAGUUUGAGAGUGCUCGAGAUUUCCUUGAGUCAAUCCAACAAUAUGUGUCGACCAAAGCAGACAAGCUGAUUUCCCGAGGUGGUGAUGGCCAUGGCUCCGACGAACGAAGCCUCAAAGGUUUGAACCACACCGGCAAGCUCACCGAGAAGACACUCCGAACUUUCAUCACGGAGUGUCUGAUGAAGUACAAGAAGGCUCAGGUGGAACCCGGCCAUGCCGUCGGUGCCGUCGGUGCACAGUCCAUUGGUGAACCCGGUACUCAAAUGACGCUGAAGACUUUCCAUUUUGCUGGUGUGGCUGGUAUGAGUAUCACUCAGGGUGUUCCCCGUAUUAAGGAAAUCAUCAACGCAUCGAAGGAGAUUAGUACUCCUGUCAUUGCCUGCGAGCUAGUUGAGAAGCAGAAUGUUGUCGCAGCUCGAAUUGCCAAGGGUAGGAUCGAAAAGACGUUCUUGCGCGAUAUUAUCCACUAUGUCCGAGAAACAUGGACAGGAAAGGACGCAUACUUGACUGUCAAGAUCAACUGGGACACGAUCAGAGCUCUGGAACUUGACCUAACCAUCGGCAACAUCCGCAAUGCUAUCGCGAAUAGUCGACGGUUCAAGAGUGACGACAUCAAGAUCCGGACAACGCGCUCGCACAUCCACGUCCACAUGGACCUGGACCCUGCUAGCAAGGAGAAGCUGUCAAAGACAGAAAUCGCGGCCACCAGCUCUGAUCCCUUCCUUCGUUUGAAAGCACUCAAACGCAUGCUCCCAGACAUCCAAGUCCUCGGUCACCCGCAAGCCCACCGCGCCAUCAUUCGAACAGACGAGAAAUCCGAAACCAACACCCUCCUCGUCGAAGGCUACGGAUUACGACAGUGCAUGAACACCGUCGGUAUCGACGGUCUCCACACCUCAAGCAACAACGUUAUGGAGAUGCGUGAUGUGCUGGGCAUCGAAGCCGCCCGGACAAGCAUCAUCCGCGAAAUCAGCGAAGUCAUGAAGGACAUGGACAUUGAUCCGCGGCACAUGCAGCUGCUCGCCGAUGUCAUGACCUACAAGGGCGAGGUACUGGGUAUUACGCGAUUCGGUCUGGCCAAGAUGCGUGACUCCGUCUUGCAACUCGCCUCGUUCGAAAAGACAGCCGACCACCUCUUCGAUGCUGGUGGAGCCGGCCGCACUGAUCUCAUCGAGGGUGUCUCCGAAUGUAUCAUCAUGGGCAAGACCAUGUCUCUGGGUACUGGAGCUAUGGAGGUAGUCCGCAAGAUGAACUUCUUCGAAGGUCAGAUCGGAGCGAAGAAGACUACCUUUGAGGAUGUGUGGAACGACGUGCAUGCCGAGCGAAAGUCGAGAAAGAGAAAGCUUGCUGAGUAG